CCAACCCAAGGCUUGCUGAACGACGUGUCUGCAAACGACGAAUGUGUCGAGCCAAACCUCUCAGCGACCCCCGUCAGCUCGCACUCUACUCGUAUUAAUAGCUAAGCGCGCCGAAGGCAACACCUGGAACCGAAAGGAGGAAGGAGUAGCGACCCGAGCUCCUCGCAUUCUCUAGGAGCAUAAGGACAAUUGCAAGCCCCGCUUGCUAGGGGCCGACAGUGUCGACCCGCCCACAGUCAAGGGCUACUGGUCAGGAAUGACCGGCUCGGCUCUCGCCGCGACCUUGGCGCAGCCAUGUUCGCCGCUACACGGCACCAUCCGAGGGAGCGGGCAUGCCACGCCGACUAACACUUCCCGUGCCAGCACGCCAGUGCGCGCACGACGAGCGGUGGUCAGGGCAGCGACGGUCGGUGACAACCGUCACGCACCGCCCGAGCCUGAGCCCGAGGCCAGGCCUGCGCUGGGCGCCCGCAGCAACUCGGCGCACUCGCUCAACGCCGACCAGCAGCUCACCACACGCCGGCGGCGCCUCAGCAUGGCCACGUACGGCGAAGGCAGCGAGGACAGCCUAGCUGACCCGCUGGGACCCCAGUCAAACGCGGUCAACGCAACCAGCUUCCUGGAAGACGCACGCAGCUCCGCCUCCCGCCGCAACACGGCGCUGUCAGACAUGGAGGAAGCAACCCCCUCCACCUGUGUCAUGGCGCUGACGCUGCCUGUGGACGCGUAUGCGGUGGUCGGCCCGGACGCGACGGUGGCGGCGGCGGCCGCGCUGGCGGCCCAGGACCCCGCCCUGCGCUGCGUGGUGGUGGCGGCGGCAGGCAUGGGAGCUACACACGUGCUGGACCGCAAGGUGGUGGAGCAGAUUGGGCGCUACAGCCCCGACCCCGGCAGUGACAGCCUGGGCAGCUACCUGGCGGGCGCGCCGCCGUCGGCGUCGGCCGGCCCCACCGCCACGGUGGCUGCGGCGGCGGGGCUGCUGCUGUCACGCGGCGGCGACUACCUGCCGGUCGUGGACGAGGGAAUGUUCAUGGGGCUGGUCAGUCGUGCGGACGUGGCGCGGGUGAUGCUGGGGCGCAACCCCGACGUCUACGGCGCCGACCUGGAGCCGCGCGUCUCGGCCGGCGGCAUCAGCCCGGCAGCGGCAGCCGCCCUGGCCGCCGCGACCGCUGGCGCCGGCGGCUCCGGCCCCACCACCAGCUCUGGACACGCCUACGGCCACGGCCACGGCCACAUGGUGGCGCCUCUCGCCGCCACGGGCUCCCGGCUGGCGCUUGGCGCUGCGGGCAGCGCUGCGGCGCUGUCGCUAGGGCCGCCGGCGCCCAGCGGGUGUCUGGACUCGGCUGAGGUGGCACGUGUGGCACGCGGCACGUUGUACUGCUCCACGCAGCAGCACCAGCUCGACCUGGCGGCGGAGGCGGCGCACGAGGCGGCGGCUGCAGCCGCCACCGCCGCCGCCGCUACAGCCGCCGAGGGCAAUGCCACUGCUACUGCCGGCGCUGCUGGUGCUACUGCUGGUGAGAGCGGGCUGUUCCCGGCGGAGCUUCUGAGUUCGCUGGGCGCGCUGGGGCUUGGGCCAGACUUUGCGGCGGCGGCGGCGGCGGAGACUUUUGAGGCGGCGGCCAGCUCCAGCAGCGCGGCGGCGGCGCUGCAGCUGCGGCAGCAGGCCAUCCUGCAAAAGGCCGCCGCUUCCGCCAUUGCGGCUGCCGCCGCCGCCACCGGCCCCCAGGCUCUCGCGGCAGCCGCCCUGGCCUCCCACGCCUUCAGCCCGCAGCACACCACCAUGCAGCUGGACGUCAGCUCCCUGGCCGGCGAGGGCGCACUCGAGGGCGCGCCCGCUGACGGCGGCGGCUCGCUGCCGCUGACGCCGCCCACCUCCGACUCCGCGGCCGCCGCCGCCGCCUCGCUCGCCGCCGCCGUUUCGUUGCACAGCCACCAAAUCUCCCCCUCCUGGUCCGAGGUCAUCACCAGCGCCGUCAACCUGGACCUCACCCCGCCGGGGGCGGCUGCUGGCGCUGCCGGCGCCGCGGACGCAGCCACCUCCGCCGCACUGGGCUACCACAGCGCCGCCGCGCCCGCUGGGGCUCAGCCCCACAGCGGCAGCAACCACCAGACACAGGGCGGGGCGGCAGUGUCCAGCGCCGCAAACCACCACGGCCACGGCCACGGGCAGCAGGGUCAGCAGCAGGGGCAGCCGGGACAGGCGCACUCGCUGGAGUCAGUGGACGGCGCCGGCCACAGCACCACGAGCCUGCGCUCCGUCAACGACCCGCUUGUCUCGGGCUGGGACAUGCUGGACAACGUGGACGACGCCAUUGACGUGCUGGGGCUGGUGGGCAAGACCGUGAACGCCGAGGCGGUGGCGCGGGCGGUGCUGGGCGAGCUGGCGGGCGCCGCGGCGGCGGCGGGGGGCACAUCCUCCACUGGCUGGACGUUCAAGUACCUGUACGACGGCGACUGCUCCAUCUGCCGCACCUUCCAAGCCUGCCUGGACAAGCUGGACGGCGGCGCCGGCAAGCUGGCGUUCGUGGACAUCAGUGCGGCCUACAACGCCGUGGACAACGGCGGCAUCAACUUCAAAGCCGCCAUGGAGACUGUGCACAUCCUGUCGGCGAACGGCCAGGUGUUCAAGGGCCUCACCGCCGUGCUCAAGCUGCUGGUGGCGGUGGACCCCGACGUGGCCGCACACAUGGGCAGCCUGACGGCGCUGCUGCCGCUGCUGUCGCUCAGCUACAUGCUCAUCUCCAAGAACAGGCACCGCCUGGCGCCGCUGUGGACCGCCAUCGUGCGCACCACCAAGGUGGACCAGGCUGUGUUUGGCCGGGACAUCAUGGAGGGCCUUCCGGCCUUCCCCUUCAGCCUGCCCGCACUGCCACACCUGCAGCUGCAGCCGCACCCGCCGCCCGGCGGCGCCGACAAGCCGCCCGCUGGCAGCCCGCGCGGACCCGGGUCCGGUGCCGCAGGCGAGCAACAGCAGCAGCAGCAGCAUGAGGGGCUGUCGAGCCGCCAGCAGCAGAUGCCGGCGCGGGUGCCUGUGCCCGUGCCGGUGGGGCUGAGCGGCGGGGGGCUGCUGGGAGGCAUGGGUGGUCGGGCGGCGCCAGGGGGCCGGCACUGAGCGACUUGGGGGGGGGGGGGUAGGUUGGGCGCGGCGGUGCGGUGUGUAGUGCAGCGACGGGUGACGGAGCGCUGUACCGCCGCGCGCUGUGCGUGUGGCGCUAUGAUGGCCUUGACAGACGUGCGGUGUUGUGAUGAUUGAGCGAAAUGUACUUCAAGAAGAAGCAGAUGCCCGAAACUGGGCAUACAUGCAUUGCUGGCACGUGCACGUUGCAGGGCUUGCUUGCGCGCGUGUGAUUUUGCUCACAGAUCAGGGCGCCCGUGAUGUUUUAAACAUUUUGAUGCAUCGUCACUGCGGUGCAUGGUGACAUGACAUGUUGUUGUGUGUGUUUACAAGGUGGUGAGCACGACGUGCAUUCCUGUCCUUGUAGAAACCGAGGCUCGGGGGGCCCUUACAACGCCUGCAACAUUUAUAUGGCAUAGCUGGCUGGCAAGCUGACAUUUUGGUGUACCGUAUUGGCCGAUCGUGAUCUUUCACGUGCAAGCGCAUACGUGCUUGGCGCAUGGUGCAAUUUUAGCCACCAGACUGUACUUUGCAGGAUUCUUUAGUCGCUUUGAUAAUGGCUGUGGCCAAAUUGCGUACCGCAGGGCGUGACAAUGGUAACACGUACGGCAUGGAACCCAGUUGCGGCAUGCGUCCGCGGAGGGAGCGGUGGGUGCAUGCAUGGCCACGCGAAGGAGACGCCCCGAUAAGCUGCAUCAGCGUGCAGGUGCAGACCGCGGAUGUCCUGGUUAGGGGUCAGCUGGCGGGCAUAGCCGGCAGUUGUUACGGCGACAUCAGCACUGCAGCAGUGUGACGCCUGGUGGUCCUGUGUUUGACCGUGAUAUGGUAUCGCUGGCAUUGUUUGGCCUCUGGACCGACCCUCGAACGUGUGUGUGUGUGGGGGGGGCUCGGGUUUUGGUUGGCAGUCGGUGCGGGCAGUGAUGAGUACUGAAGGGCCGCAGCCUACCAAAGGGCUGUAGCGUACACGGCGUGCAUGUGCUGGUCAGCCGGUGUGGCGCAACCCCAGUUGACAUGCCGUUCAGUCUGAAGUCUGUCGACGAGGGGAGGCCGCUUCGGCGGCCAAUAGCCCCGAAUCCCCCAUACACCCGCCACCGCCCCCGAGUAGCCAGGAAUAGCCCCGAAGGCGGUCUCGUUGUAGGAUGGUGGCCGCUCCGUGCGGGUUUUGCGCGGCGCCUGGACGAGGGGGGAGACAGAGAAGACAAGGGGUGUCAGCUUUGUACAGCUGGAAAAUGGGCUGAGCCCCCGAACGCUUGGGAGCUAGUAGGCAUGUAUCGG